AUGGCCGUCGCGCGGGGCGGAGGAGGAGCGAAUGCUGCGAAUGGAGUGGCGGCGCUGGAUCAUCCACCGCCGGCGCAGCAGCAGCAGCAGCGGCAGGAAUGCGCGGGAUUCAUGGCGCUCGCUCGCGAUUACUUGGGCGAGCUCGUUUCGGGAUCCAAGCAGGGCAGGGACAGCGUCUUGGCAAGGAUGCGAGCUCUGGCCUACGAUAAAGGCCCCAGAGCCCAAAUCGCCGCUAGGCAAACCAUGGCGGAUCUCCAUCGCUGGAUGCAGGAGAGCGGCCAUCUCAAGAUCACCCUUCUUGGUGCUGUUGGGCUGGUUGGAUUGGCGGCAUUGGCAGCGCUCGCAACGUUUGUGGUGGUGUUCGUAUCAGCGACCGCAAAUGCGAUGAUGAUCAGCUUGAUACUCUCGAUCUCGCUGGUGGGAUUUUUGAUGGCUUCCUUCUUCACGUCCCUCACGGCUGUGUAUGUUGGAGCGCUCCUGGCGGCCGGAGUUACCAUCUCCAGCCUCACAUUCUUUAGCAUCUGCGGGAUGAUCAUGGCUGCCGGAUGGUUCACGUUUUCGUGGGGGAUUUGGAACUUCGUCCGGAAGAUCUUCCAGAUUGUAAGAUACUCGGCUGGAUCCGUGUGGAGCGCGCUAUCAUCGCAGCCAGCGGCAGAGAUCAGUGUCGAGAGCCUCAAGCAGCAGUAA